AUGGUGCAGAUUUUCUUCGUUCGAGCAGUUGUCGAGAUAAUCGCGUUCAAACGCCUGCCUCCAGUCAAGAGCGAGCAGCACCUGUCUCCAGCCAAGACGACGUUCGUGGAGACGAGAGCGGACUACAAGUUCUUUGUGAAAGGUCACACGAAGAACGCUUGUGACUGUGGAUUCGGCCACAUUCGCAAGCACGUUUCUCGCCAGGAUUGCUGGACAACGGAUCAUAUUAUCUCCGCUGUGAACAAUUCUGCCACCUCCAACACUACCGUUCACAUCUCGCGAGGCAAUGUAUUUUUUAAGAGCUUUAAACCAGUAGUGACCGAGCUCUACAAGAACCUAACAAGCGUGCAGCAGUACCAGCGAAAACCAAUGCUAGAUCUGCACAACAAAAUCAACCCGUAUGUGCCGGAAGAGUUCCAAGAUGUCCUAUCUAUGCAAAGCCAAGGGAGCUGCAACAGCAAGACGCUAAAGCAGCCAAACAAGCUCGUUGAGAACACCGAGCUUCAAUGGCUGCAGCAGCGAAGGCAAACCAGGACCGGACGUUCAGGAUGA